UUGACUGUCUAUUGUUGAUUGAUGUCAGUCCAGAUAUGCUGUUAACGUAGUGAUUGCUGAUGUAUCUUGGUAGUCUGUAAGCCAUUUUUAUUGCCAGUUUUUGGACUAUCUGUAGCCGAUUCAUCUGCUGUGGUGAAGCUGUUAUCCAGGCUGGCAGGGCGUAUUCAAAGAGGGAUCGGAUGUAGCUGAUGUAGACUUUCAGCACUGUCUGAGGAUUAGGAUGAACAUGUCAGCUGAGGGAAGGACCCUCCUCUCAACUAUGUUACCAGGGAAGAAACCUAUGCCUUCGAAGGCUGCUAAAAAUAACUCCCUAACAGUGGCAUCGAAGAUAAAGACCAAGAUUCUCAACACAUCCUCGUUCUUCAAGGUCUCCCUGAAGACUAACAACAAGGCUCUGGCUCUGGCCUUGGUGGCUCAGAGAGAGAGAAGCAGACAGCUUGAAGUGGAAACUGUGCGCCUACGGAAACAAGUGGAGUCUCUGAAUUUUGACCUGGCUAUUCGCAGAUUCAAGCACAACCAACUGAUUAUAAUCUUGAAAGACCUUCAACGCAACACUUUGGAUAACUUGGAAAGGGCUGUGGACCUCUUCUCUGAUGAAAAUGAUUCCCCGGAAAUAUCUGAAGACCGCAAUAAGCCACCCCCCGAUAAAAAAGAGGAAAAUGGUCAGAUGGAGAGGGUAGCGGUUCAGAUACCUCUUAUCAUAGCAGAGCAGUCCAGGGAUUUGGUGUCCCCUUCAAAACAGACCAGCAUGAGCCAAGAGGUUGUAGUAAAUGACAGAAGAACCACGUCCACAAAUCCUUUUGGGACCCAAAGUAGCUCAUCAGAGUCCAAUGCCAGUAAAGACAGCAUUAAUAAGAUGGAGCAACAAGUGGACAAUACUUUGAAAUCGACCCAAAGGAGAACAUCCCGACAAUCCAGUAGCCUAAAAGAUGAGGUGGAAAAGUGGUCAAAGAUUUAUUCUGACACUGGACUUGACCCUAUCCCAGCAGUCUUGCCUUCUGUUGUCUCCACAACUAAUAUUCUACAGCCCUCUGGUACUGAUAAAGUUGUGCACCAUCCAAACAGCUUAAAGAUGGAGACCACAUUGGCGCUUGCAAUAAAGACCACUGUCGGGGAAGCAGAGAAGACCACCAUCAAUGAUACAGAGAUGGAGAUAACUAUUGGGGACAGCGCUGCUGAAAUCGUUACAGUGGAGACCAAGCCCAAGAAAGCUGGUGGACCGAAGAAACUGAAGGUGCCAAAGACAAAAAUCCCUUUUCUAUUAGGGAAGGUUGGAAAUAAGAACUGUGGGCCAACACGUGUUGUUGAGAAUCUAGAGGUGAAGAGCUCUGCUGUAAACGUGGAGCUGCCGACAGCGAUAGAAAAGGUGUUUUCUGCAACACCACUACAUACAGACAACCCUACAGCGGAGAGUGUGGAUGUAGAACACCGAGAAGAGGACUUCAUAGAGAACUCAGCCAGUGAGAUAGAAUCCCUUGUUGCCCGCAGAAAGACUUAUGUCACCUCUCGCAUCACCAAACACAAAAAAGCUACCCGAGAAUCCCAUAAAACAACACAAGAUUUUCCUAAAACGUUUGACCCAAGAAAAACUUUUGAAGUGCCUCUCCAAUCCAAAUCCAAUCGAAGUGUCUCACCUGACCCAUUUGAAGAUGACUUUUUCGAUGACCCUGAAGCUCAGAAGUCUGUAUUUAAACUAGCCGGGGCAAACCCAUUGGUCAUAGAUGCCACGGAGAACAAAGUCACUAAAACUAAAGGUCACAAGACUUUUGUGAUUUCUAUUGAGCCUACAUCUAGAAAGGGCCAGAAGAAAUCCAAAGAAUGCAGGAAGACUAAAGCACAGCCUGUCAUGGUGGACCAUGAAUUACACAUUGAAACAGAAAAGGAUCCAUUCCUUCUGCCUCAAUCUCUCAUUGAAGAGGAGUCUCAUUCUCCUGAAGGGUGCCCAGCCUAUGUAGACAUGGAUACCACCCUGCACGAAUACAGGGAAUCACACAGUGCUUCCAGACCUCGGUCCACUACACGGAGCGGUAAGAGACCCACCAGAGUGAAAGGCAGAGGGACGUUUGUGGUCUCGGUGAACAGGGACAGCUCCUCGGUGAACAGUACAAUAUUAGAUGAUGCUUGUGCUGAAAAGCUGCCGUGCACUCCGACUACAGGGUAUGACUCUGUUGCAGAAGAAGGGAAAGAAACGGUCAGGGAAGAAAGCAUAGAGGAGCAUCUGACUGGACCUCACCCAGAUCACUGUCUAGCUGCUGGGCGCAAGACUACAGACUCUGGGGUUGAAGAAACUCAUGCCUCCUCUAAACGUCCAUGGCUUGCUACCCAGGAACCUGCAAGGAAUUCAGAGGGCCAAGAAAGCUUAUGUGUUGAGGAAGAAAUGCCCCCAUGGGAGAUCGGUGACUCCAUUUUAGUUGCUGCAGAGCAAAAGCCCAAGAAAGCCAGGAGAGUGGAGACGGCAAAAUCAAGGAUGAAGACUGAUUCACAGAAGGGUUACUGUCUUGCCCCUGUGAAAGAAAGGGAAAAAAAGACUAAAAGUAGCAUCACUAAAGGAUUGGAGCCUGGGGGUGCAGGUAAUAUUUUGUCUAGUAAGACUCUGGAUAGCCAGAGUAGUAUAGGUGUACGCACUGCAGCACAAAAUGCAGAGGUACAGCCUGUGGCGGAUCCCAAAGUUUUGCACGUCUUCACACACUCUGCCAACACUGAGGAGAGCUGUGAAACUCAUGAACGUUUGUCUUCACUUGAGGUCCUGAGUCCAGACUUCAAAGUCAGCAGCUUCAAGCCCCGGUCCAACCAUGGCCCUAAACCGAGAUGUAGAGCCACUUUUGUCAUACCCAAUCGUUUUAGCGAUUCCACCAGAAACAGGAAAAACCACGUUGUUCCUGACUCCUUGUCCCAGGAUGAUGGUGACACAAACAGUAGGACAUCUAAUGUGUCAUUAUCAACUGUUGAGACCAACACAGAAUUGCCUGACAGUGGUGAGGGAGUACGUCAGAGCCUGAGGGAGCUGCUCAUGGACGAUAGGCCUCCGUGGGAGUCCUCUGUGGAUGUCAGCUGUUCAAAUGAGACUGGAUUUGACACUCCAGCCUCAAGCCCUAAAAGGGUUGCUUCUUCUGCUCACAAGGUUGCUGUAUAUAAAGAGUCGGCUGAGGUUAUGGCUGAAAGAUCUCCAGUAGCAGAAAGAGCCCUGAAGCCACUAACCAACACCAACUGGACGGACGAUGAGGACACAGGACGGGCCAGGCGACGGGGAGCUGCCAUUAGCUACAAGUUGCCACCCAUUAACUGCAAAAUGAGACGUGGAGAUAAGUUCUCAGACACCAAGUACCUGAGUUCCCCCAUUUUUAAAGCGAAGAAGAAAAGACGACAACAGAAGGACACACAUAAACCUGACAGUUUUGAGAACAUGCAUUCAGUUAAUUGACUUUAUUCUGUGACAUCUAAUUGAAUUCUUACACGUAUUGCCAAUGCUUUUAUUGUUUUUCCCUUUUGUUUUAAUAUAAGUUUACAAAUAAAAUGUCAAUACAUUUUAGGUUGAAAAUCUUUUUGUUAAUAUAGCACCCACUUUAUUAGUCAUGAAGGAAUAAAUAAUUGAAUAAGCCUGUAAGAAAUACCACAUUUUUUGUUUUGUGACCGUAUCAGAUAUGUGAUACAGCCAUACAUUAUCUGGAUGGUCCAGUCAGUCACCUAAGGGUAAGUCGAACACUCUUACGCAAUAGCUAGUUGCCUCUAAUGGUAUAUUUAAAGUUGUUG